AUGCGCACAGGCUUCGUAGACUUUCUCAAGGACCAGUAUGGUCGUCUGCCGCCCAUAGGCAAGCAUGAUCUCUCUGGCAAAGUCGUUGUCGUCACAGGCGCCAAUUCAGGUCUCGGCCUCGAGACGGCGCGACACCUGUCUCAGUUCAAACCCAAGAAGCUCAUCCUGGCCUGCCGCGAUUCAGGCAGGGCGCUCGAUGCCAAAGAAUCCAUUUUCAACACAUGUAAUUUAUCGGCAGACGAUAUCCCUGUAUGGCACCUCGACCUCACAAAGUAUGAGACCGUCAAGAAGUUCGUGCAACGCUUAGAAGAAGAGGCGGGCCGCAUCGAUUAUCUGUUCUGCUGUGCUGGCGUUUCGACCGAACAGCUGUCUUUGACACCAGACGGCAAUGAAUCCAGCUUGCAAGUCAACGUGCUCGCUAAUGCGCUUCUGAUCAUGCUGCUUCUACCGAUGCUGGAGAAGUCGGCAACGCCACAGACACCCUCACGCAUCGUUGUCGUCGGCAGUCUCGCGCAUGAGAUCAUCGCAGACCUACCCGACAGUCUCGCCGCCGAACAGUCUACCGAGGAGAAAACAGCAAGACAAUUCCUCGUCCAGCUCAAUGAUGAGAGUAAGCUGGCAGCGGCAGCCAAGAGCAAGUCAGCAUCGACCAAAGCGCUUUCGAUGGCAAUGAGAUACAAUCUCACCAAAUUGUUCGAUCUUAUGCUCGUUCGCCAGAUUGGCCCUCGCCUUCCACAGAGUGUAGUCAUGUCCUGCGUCGAUCCAGGCAUGUGUGCGACACCGCUCGUCAAAGGCUGGCAGUACGUCAUCCUCGCCUUUCUCGUAGCAAGACCGGCGUGGAAAGGCGCCCUCACGAUUGUCUAUCCCGCCCUAUCUGUUGCGCCGGAGAAGGCUCGCGGCGAGUACUUUGCUACUUGCCGUUUGCAAACGAGAGUGAGCUACCUGGUCGAUAGCGAAAAGGGCAGAUUACUAGAAGAACAAGUCAGCAAAGCUAUCAUAGCGCAUCUCAGGACCAUCGAUACACGCGUGCCAGACAUUUUCGCAGAAUGA